AUGGUUCUGCCCACAUUCGUUCUUUCGGCUGCCCUAGCUACAUCUGUGGCAGCUAACGAUACCCUCCUCAACUUUCACGGUGCCCCCGAAGUCGAAACCCGCAACAUCGACGAGAUCCACAAGGCUGCUGUUGCCGAAGGCGGUGUGGUUACUCUUUGGCACGGAGGUGAUGAGAAGACCCAACAGGAUGCCCUGAAGGAAGCUUUCGAGAAGCGCUUUCCGGGGAUGACCCUUAACCUCAUCGUCGACAUCUCCAAGUACAUCGAUGGCGACAUCGACCGCCAGCUGUCGCAAGGCAACGUUUCCGUUGACAGCGUAAUUCUUCAGACCCUUCAUGACUAUUCCCGAUGGGAUCAAGAAGAUCCACCCUGGCUUCCGCGACGUAUGGGCUUCAUGGUUUCCGAAGGUCCUGUCGAGUACUCAGACUUCUUGAAGCCUGAGUACAAGGACAAGUUGGUCUUUACCUACCCGAACGAUGAUGAUGCCGUUCUUUAUGCAUUCGAUCUGGCUAUGCAGCAGAAUGGAUACAGUUGGUUCGAGAACCUCCUCGCCCAAAAUCCCCGCUGGGUCCGCGGCACUGCCACCCCGACUACCGUCAUGGGCCAGGCCAACAACUCAUACGCCGUCACCUUCACCGGUGCUCUCAGCCUGGCACCUACUGCCCCCUUUAACGUUUCCAUUCCCAAGAAUGGUUUCUUCGUGACCUGGGGCCAGCGCGCUGCGAUUCUCAAGGACGCUCCCCACAAGGAGGGCGCGAAGCUUCUUCACAACUUUUUGCUCAGCAAGGAGUACCAGAGUCCCAACACCACCGGCAUGUGGAGCGUCCGUAAGGAUAUUCCUGCUCCCGCUGGCUUCCCCGAUCUGAUGGAUGUCAACUCGACCAACCCGAUUGACUUUGAGCGUUUCAUGGCGGAUCGUGAGCGUGUUGAGAGACUGAAGCUUUUCUUUGAGAGCAAGAUUGGCUCCGCUCAAGGACUGAGCCCCUUGGUUGAUGAUUUGUAA